AGCGCUGCAGAGGUCCUGCUGCGUUCUCACAUGGUCUUGCUGCGUUCUCACACGGGGCUGUUCUCUUAAGCAAUGUUAGAGGAAAGAAUUGGAAUUAGUACAGGUCGGGUGAAUAACUGGGAAAUUUUAUUCUGAUGUGUGUGUAGAAUCUGAUAAUGUUUAGGAGUUUGUAAUUAAGCUGAGUGAAGAUCCAGACAGUCCAUAAUGAAAUUUGAAGAUAGUGCCAAGACAGAAUGCUGAGAGUGUCUUGGAGCACAGAGGAAGGAUUAAAAGUGCUCUUAAUAAGCUGGCAAAUGCAGGAUGCUCUUCAAAAGGAAUUUUGCACUUUAGCCAUGCUUGGGCAGGAAUAAACAACUGCAGAAAUGUAGGAUACAGGAAGGAACCAGAUGGGCAGCAAGUGUGGCAGCAAAGAUGGGAUGGCAGGUCAGGAGCUGAACAAGGGGGCUGGGCUGUUUUACUGCAGAAAAUGAGAGAAAAAUGCUCUUUGAGGGGUACCUAUGCACCUGCAGGAUCAGGAGGUAUGGGGAGGUGUGACCUUCCAUUCCUAGCCCAGAUGACUUGGGAGAUAUGGAAGCUGAUACAGACCCUGUGGGCAUCUCUGCAGCUGUGCCACUAAACCUCAGCCCAGAUGUUAAUGCCAGGUAAGCAUUCAGGUCAGCCUGGUGUUUGUGGAAGGUGGUGGGAAGAGAAGGCAUAGCAGUAGAAGGACAUUUAUAUUGUGUAUAAAAGAAAAAAUACAUUAUUGGAAGAUUUUUAUGAGACAAAUUGCUUCUAAGAUCUGUUUAUAAGCUGCAGGUAUCAGAGUUUCACCCAAACUAUUGAGACUUGUGGUAGAAAUCCUCUCUCCAAACCCUACCCCUGCUGCCCCAAGUUCCCUUACUCUUUUUUGGAAAGGGUCACAGUUACCCCCCAGCAUGUGCAGUGUAGAAAGGCCACAGCCCUGGUGUCAGCCUUGGGACACAGAUCCAAGCACUGUCCUUCCCUUGGACUGGACUAACAGCAGCUGAUCCACACAGUCUGUUCUGCCCAGCUGCUGUGGCUCUGCAAUUUCAUACAUGAGUAGGAGAAAAUUCCCUUGGUUUAAGCACUUGGACAACAGUUUGGUUGGCUAAAUUCUGCCUCCAGAGGUGGGGCUUCCAGGUCUGUUCUAAAGCCAGUAAGAAUGCCCUGUCUUUAGUAACUACAGAGUUGUAUCACCCUUCUCUCCCAUCCUUGUGAAGUCUGCCCAUCCUCAUGUUGAUCCCAAUACCUGUGGAUUUGUUUCUCCAGUCAUCUCCCUCUUCUAGUGUGCAAAGACAGGAGAGACAAUUCCACCUGGCCUGAGUGAGACCACAUCUUGCUCUAGAUCUGUCUGUCACCAGCACUGGAAUGGGUACUCACAUACCUGUAUCUCUACAUUCCUUUUGGGAAUGGUUUCUGUUGGACUCAGGUGGACACAAGCAUGGUUGCACAUCUGCCAGGUUCAAAGCUCGGUGAUACCUCAUCUGCUGGCAAGUUCAAACAAGGAAUAUGGUUUCCAUCAUCUGGUCACAGCUUUUCCUACCUGGCUUUGUUCCCUAAAGCCUGACUCCUGACACAGCCCUCAUUCAGUGAGGGGCUGGGACAGCAGAACCACGUUCACUAGAGCCCUUUUUAUUCUGAGAAAUGAACUCAAAGUAGUAAAAGGAGGUCCUGAAGUUUCAUUAAUGGAGGAGGCCCACAGUUUCAUUAAUGAAACUGUGUGGACAAAAUACUCUUAAUUUAUUUAUGUUCAAACCACCCGAGCAGCCAAGAGAGCAGGAUGGAAAUGUGACUGCUGUCCUCCUGCCUUCCCACAGGGAUUAGUGGCAUUCCUCUAAUCCCCUUUAACAGUUAAUUUACAUUCAUUAUCUCAAUUUUCCCUGUGGGUUAGUGCUGAAUGACUCGUAAUUCUCAGUGUGGAAGCUCAUAUUCCAGACUAACAGGGCCUUAAUCCUAAACUAGUUUAAUACUGGAGUGGGUUAAACUAAUGUGAAAUAGUGCUUUUGACUUCCUGAAGUGCGUAGCCAUGCAAACCACUAAUUAGGACAGUGCUUCCAUGGCAAACAAGAUACAGACAUUAAACACAAUUCCUUUCUUGGAUAAGAGGAGCUGCUCUCCUAGCAGAGGAGAAGGAAAGUGUGUCUUACAUCAGCAUAUCCAAAGAAGUCGUGUCACUGCACAAAAAACAGAUGACAAAGGACAGAGUCAUGGGUCACCCUCAUGGAAAGCAGGAGGAGUUUUGCUGGAGUGAUGGACUGGGAAUGCUUAGAGCACCUUUGGAGAGGGUCUGAUGUGUUGGUGUUUUGGAACUACCCUUUUUUGUUUAGAUGCACAGCCUGCAGUGUCCUCAUUCCCCAUCUCACUGGGACGGUAGCUGUGGAAGCACCACAGCUGCUUCUGGUACCAGGAAGAGGGCAGCACCAGAGAAACACCCAAACCAACAAACCAGUGGGAGACCUGCCUUUUUUGAGUGUUUUGGAGUGUUUGGAAAAGAAACUCUGGGAGAUAAGCAGUGUGGUUUAUGGCUGUGGUGGAGCUGGUCCCUGACCAAAGGAAGCUGGUCCUCUGCCAAGGAGCCAGGAGUCCUGCAGAGACUCCCCCAGGAUAAAUUAACGGAGGAUUGGAUUCCCAGCCAGUUCAAAGGAUCAGGAAGUUUACGAAGUGAGACAUCUGUCAGAGUCUCCACAAGGAGAUGGAAUUUUUAUCACCAUAAUUUUUCACAUCUGAGGCACUACAAAUUUAAAUAGAAAAGGGGAACAAUGUGGCUGCCAAAGUUUCAGGACAGAUGUGCCAAAGUCGGCUGAUGAAUAGUGCCCUGAUAGCAUCAGCUCUCCUGGCUGCCUUCAGGUUCAGGACAAAGGGAGGAAAACAAAGAGCUUUCAAGGCCAAUCGUGUUCCUAUUAUUUGCUAUAUUCAGCCUGGCAAUUUUCUGUGAGACACUCAUAGGCAACAAAGCCAUCCUGCUUUCCAAUCUCCUGUAAUGCAUUUCUCAAAAAAGAGGCAGAGGCAGUAUCCCCCCUCUCAGGUGAGCUUUUGCAAGGAGGGAAGAAGAUGGCUCAUCUCUCUGGGCUUUCCAGACUCCAAGAAGCUGCAGGGAUUUAUUUACAUGCUGAAUGGAUCUCUUGACAUUUACCAUUCUGGUAAGUUAUGAUAAACCCAUGUAAGAUGUAAAAACUAAUGCUGGUGGUUAUCUAUGGGGGGUGAAACUAUGGAGAAAAUGGCUUCAUUUUCCAUCUCUGUUUGCUUGGAGUCAAAACUAGAUGUUUUUGUGGAUGCCUGGUUUCAGCUUAACCACAUAAUUGAUCUCACACAAGGGUGACUCGAUGAGAUACAAGGGCUUGUGCCACAGGACAGAUCGAAAUAAUAUAACUCAAGAGCUCCUACUGGGUGUAAAACAUCCCUGAGCUUAUUAGACCCAUUUGUUGGGAAAAACCUCCUGGGCAGGGGGAGAAGUGGAAGACAACAGAAGCAGGAAAGGCAGGGAAAGGCGUGACUGGGAGCAGCAAGCACCUGUAAGUGCUCCUCCCUCCGUGCUCAUCCUGGCAAAGCCUGCUCCUGUUUACUGGAAAGGGUGUCCCUUCAGGUCCCUGACAAAGCCAGGGAGGGAUGAGCUGAAAUGCAGCCCAGGCAGCUGUCAGGAACUGCUGGGAUGGCACACCUGGGACAGCUGGCCACAGUGCACAUUCUAAUUCUUCUAAUUCAAACUAAUUCCCCGAAGUGCUUUCUCCUCUUCCCAGACACACAAACAGCUGGAGGCUGAGAUUACAGCGCUGAUGCCAAUUAGAGCCGUGAUAAGGCAAGACACAAGGGAAGUGUGAGCGCGCUCAGGGCUCCUGCACUGCAGUACAGGGAGCUUCCAGCCGGGCAGGAGGCAGCGCUGGGCAGCAGGGCAAGGUGGCCAGAGCAGCCUGGGGAGGAGUACAACCAACCCUCUGCGGUCAUGUCCCUGUGUUAAAGGAUCAAAGCAUAACUUUCUCUGCACAACCCAGGCAAUGUGUGGAUGAAAUUUUUUCUGCUGCACAUCCUGACCAGAAUGAAGUAAUGCCUUGAUUGUCUAACACUAAAAAUGUUGCUGGGGAGUUUUUUUGGUUUUCCUGCAGUUUUGGUGGCGCCUGCACUGGGAUGUGUUGUUCCACCCUGGGAACAUAACCAGAGGGCAGGUAUGUUUUUUCCCCACUUGGGCUGGGAAACCUGGGGAGAUUUGGAAGGAGUUCCAUGGGGUGUAAAAUUCCAGCAGGUGAUUGAUGGGGAUGGCAGCUAGUCUUUAAAAACUACUUUGGGCUUCCUUGGUGACAGGGAGAGAGCCAUGAUGCACUCAUAGGAUUGGAAAGCAGAGUUCCCUUCUUCCUGUAAAAAAAGCUGUGCCCUGAGCUUGGCUUUUCCUUUUCUGGAUCACAGUGCCAGCCAAGGGGUAAUGGGAAUUUCUCCCCUUCACAACUCAGAAUUACCCCCCCACCCCAGAGAUCUGAGUGCUGAUUUUGGAGAGUCUGCACCCUCCCUGUGCUAUGGGCUAGGAUAGCUCUGUGAUGAAAUCCUCUCUUUUCUGAAAUGCAGUUUCUUGUAUUUACCUCCAACAUCAAAAAAGGCUAGGCUCACAUGUUCUCUCAAAUAUUGCCAGAUUUGGGGCUAAAGCAUUUAACAAGGCCAACCCUUCUUUCCCCUUACAGUACCCAUUCCCAAAGCAGGCAGAAAGAAUUUCUUCCCAGGAAGAAUUUCCUCAUGAAAAAGGUGGCCAGGCAAUGGAAGGGACUGCCCAGGGAUGCGGUGGAGACCCCAUCCCUGGAGGUGUCAAAGGAACAACUGGAUGUGGCACUCAGUGCUCUGGGCUGGGUGAUGGAGUGGAUGAUGGGCACAGUUGAACUUGAUGAUCUUGGAGGUCCUUUCCAACCUCAAUGAUUCCAGGAUUCUAUGAUUUGCUUGUAGAACGGGAGUGCCUCAUGGCAGCCCUUCCAGAUUCAAGGCUUGUCAGAGGUGUUUCUGCUGCAGGAUGGGCCUGGCUCAUCCAGCAUCCCUAGGGAGGCAUCCCAGGGGACCCUCUGGCUUAGCACCUAUCCCUGCUUCAGAGGGGUCUUCUUUCCUGCAAAGCACUUCUUAUCUCUUAUCCUUGGAGAGCCAAGGCACCCUGCCAGCGCCCAAGGUACCACUCCUGCACCAACAGGAUACUUUUUCCCUUGUUCUUCCCAGUUCUUAGCAAAAUGUUUCAAGCAUUUGGGGACUUUUUUCUUUUUUUCAGUAUGAGCCAAACACCUAAUAUUUUUUUUUCCUUCAAAAGCGCUGGGGUUUACUGCAGAUUUUACCCAAUGGUUUGGCAGGAAGCAGAUACAGCUUUGACCAAAAUGUCUGAGAUCUGCUCCAGCACAACCCAGAGCUCUUGACAAAUGUUUUGCUGUCCUUGCCCCUGGAUAAUGCUGCCAGCCAUGGAUGUCACCAGCAUGUCCAGCACCUCCCCUCCUGACUUCAGACCAAGCAGGAACAACUCCAGGCUGCAGAUUUAUAGAGGUCCCCAAGAGGAGCAGGCAGUGGAGCAUCAGCUGUGAGCCCAGAGCAACCCAGGUCGGAAGAAGGUAAAAGAGAGAGGAGUGUAUUACAAAUUACAGGUAGAGCUGCUGCGUGAUCCUUGAGGAAGGGAGAGAACAUGGUUUCCAUGAUGACAACUCUGUGGCAAGUAAUUAUUCCCAUGAUUGUUCUGUCCCACUUCUCAGCAUCUCUGCCAUCCUGGGAGAGGGUGGAGCGCCACGCAGACGGGCUCUUCCACAGCGAGCUCAGCAAGAUGAACGGCAACGCCUACGUGCAGCAGCUGGUCAAACACCUGGUGGGCCUCAAGGACAGGUCCCUGAGGCACUCGGAUGGGCUGUUCACCAGUGAGUACAGCAAGAUGAGAGGCAACGCCCAGGUUCAGAAAUUCAUCCAAAGCCUCAUGGGCCGCAAGCGCAGCUCUCCUGGCCCAGUCAACACAGACAUGCAGGGGAGAGAGGGAGUAAACAAACCUGAGGAACUUUGCUUUCUCUGGUUGUACCAGAGCUUUCUGAACACCAGCCGCUCAGACAGAGAUGCCAGGGAGGCUGCUGCCAUUACCAGCCAGUACAUUUGUCCCUUCUCUAAGCAGCUGCUUGCAGACAUGAAGGAAGAUACAGAUGGUUCUGAAUGAAGGUUAAAAGAAAGAAACAGCCAAGGAGACAGCUUUGCACAUGUAUGGCCUUGAAAAUAAACAGGAAAGCUCUUGCUUAGGAACGAUUCUUGACAUAGGCAAAUAAAUAAAAAUAAUCCUGUAAAGCAGUCAAAAACCAAUGAAACCUUUGAGAUUAUCCAAAGUGAAAUGCAUGUGGGUGUGUACUGCUGUCAGUAGAUGGAGCCUGGGUGAAGGACAUCCCUUCCACUCUGUGUUGGCAUCUGGCUGCCUGCUGCUGUUCCCAAAUAAAAAUGGUUAGCUGUGCCUGUGCCUUGGCUGCUCUUUGGGAAACUGGAAUAAGGAUGGUUCCAUUACAAGGUCUUGGAUUAUUAGGAAUGCAGGGGAGGAGCAUUUUGCCAGGAUUCCCCACAUGAAGCAUGAUGGGACAUAUGGCUGGGACUGGGGAGUGCCUACAGUGCAGCUGUGCACAGAGGUCAGAAUCAGGGCUCCAUGUAGCAGAAACAAAGCCAGAUGUUAGGCCUUAUGGCAAAGAAAUGUUCUGAGAGCUACACAACAGAGAUACUCACUUUAAAGGUUAUUUCCUCUCCAUUCUGCUCCUGGAGCUGAUGGCCCAGUUUUGUCACAGCCACUGAAGACAAAGCUCCACGAGGAAUAAUUUGUUCCCACCACUUAAUGAGGUUCAUGUACUGUCCCUGUGCCACACAGGCAGAUUGCUCCCCUUUGAUGGAGCAGCCACACCACAGCUUUCCUGUAAAACCAUUGGAUUUUGGAGAGCAGCUCUACAAUCAGGAUCUUCAGCUGCAAUCUUGUGCUGCGCUAUGCAGCCCUGCCCAGCCCAUCCUGCUCCAGCACUUUUCAGCAUCUGUGAUGGACCUGACACCUGCAAAAUGAGCUGUUCUGACUCAAAUGCACACCUAAUCACCAUUCCCUUACUGAGGAGCUGAACAAGCCUUGGCAGUUGUUCAUUUUAGUCCAUAGGAAGUCUCUGUUAGGAAAUAUUCCCUUUGGAAUACUUUUAGAAGGUGUUGACAGACUGGAUUUCAGUAAGCUGCUAAUAACCACCUGGCUGAGGCACAGCAUCUGAGAACUUCCUGAAAUCAGAAUGAAUUUUAAAACAUCAGUGAGAGCAGAGGUCCCCUGAAAACUUCAGGAAGCUGCUGAGAUUCAAAUAGUUGAAGAUCUCCUGGUGUGGAAUGUCCUGGAAGGAGAUUCUGGGAAGCAUCUCUACAAGGAGCAGCCAGCAGUAAAAGGAGAUCUGUUUUCCCUACAAAGUUGCUG